UACACAUUACAUUUCUGGGAAUUUGCGCCCUGUCUUGCUAGGGAUUGGAUGGUUGUGGCCAAACAGAGAUGCUCUUUAAGACCUAUGGUGAAUAAUAUCAAAUAAAGUCACUUAAAAAGGAUAAUGCACACUGUCGCUUACAGAAUUCAGAGUUUAGCCUUUCGAAAAAAUACGCACACGGGAAAAUCUUUAAAUGCGUCAUGAACUGCAGUGAGCCGGAUUUGUCAUGCUGUAAAUUUCAAGCAAGCCAAGCAGGAGACGGCGCACUUUGUUGACAUUUCAACGCGUGAAGGACGCAGGAGUUGACGUGCACUGUAGGCUGUUACUAAGAUGUUUGUCCUGCUGUGGAAGGCGUGAAUGAAAGUUCUGUGUUGACAACUUUACAGCGCCUCGGUCCAGGUAGAUGCUAACUGAAGCAAAGAUGGCAGCACAUUCAUUUGAAAACUAUCUGCCAAAAUCCUUGUGACAAUCAAGUGAGAAAAUUAUUUGGAAAAUGAGUGACUGUUCACAGUGGAAAUAGAAUACGAUAUGACAAAUAAUGAAGGGUUACCUGUCACAAUGGCUUCCGGCUAUUUUUCUAAAUUGCUGGCUGCUUAUAGCCUGUGAGCAUGUGGAGGUGGUAAAGCAUGCCAUCAAACUCCACAGGGGUAAAGGUGCUCCUGUCACUCAUGGCAAACAAUGGGUUAUGGAGAACUGCCGCAAGAUGGCUGCUCUGCUGCACCAGAAGAAUGUAGUACUAAACAAGUUAAAAGGUGCUAUCAAAGCAGUGGAGAAGAAUCCAGACCUAUCAGAUGCUGAAAAACUAUUUCAAGUACACACCUUUGAGAUCUUUCAAAAAGAGCUUAAUGAGAGUGAGAACUCUGUAUUCCAAGCCAUCCAUGGGUUGCAGAGAGCUUUACAGGGAGACUACAAGGAUGUGGUCAACAUGAAAGAGAGCAGCAGACAGCGCCUGGAGGCAUUAAGGGAGGCUGCUAUAAAGGAAGAAAAAGAAUUCCUUGAAUUGUUGGCAGCAGAAAAACACCAGGUGGAAGCCAUUAAAAGCAUGCAGCAACAAAACAAGAGCCUUUCAAUGUUGGAUGAGAUCCUUGAAGAUGUGAGGAAAGCAGCGGACCGCUUGGAAGAAGAAAUUGAAGAGCAUGCUUUUGAUGACAACAAACUAGUAAAAGGGGUAAAUAUAGAAGCAGUUCUUCGGGUUGAAGAUGAUGUUGAUGAUCCUCCGAGAAAUUCCUCAAAACAUGAGAUAGAAGAUGACCUUGGCUUAAGCAUGCUGAUUGAUUCUCAGAAUAAUCAGUACAUCCUCACUAAGCCUCGAGACUCUACUAUACCACGAGCCGAUCACCACUUCAUCAAGGACAUUGUGACAGUUGUGAUGCUAUCCCUGCCUUGUGGGUGGUUGUGUACAAUGAUUGGUCUUCCUAUCAUGUUUGGCUAUAUUGUUUGUGGAGUCCUCCUGGGCCCAUCUGGUCUCAAUAGCAUUAAGUCUAUUGUUCAAGUUGAAACCUUGGGCGAGUUUGGUGUGCUGUUUACUUUGUUUAUUGUUGGUCUUGAGUUUUCACCUGAAAGACUGCGAAAGGUGUGGAAAAUCUCUGUGCAGGGUUCUUGUUACAUGACAUUCUUGAUGGUGACGUUUGGAUUGCUCUGGGGUCACCUUUUAAGAAUUCGACCCACACAGACAGUCUUUAUUUCUACAUGUCUUUCCCUCUCAAGUACACCUCUUGUGUCAAGGUUCCUUGCAGGGAGUGGCAGAGGAGACAAAGAAGGAGAGAUUGACUACAGCAGUGUGCUACUAGGAAUGCUGGUUAUGCAAGAUGUGCAGCUCAGUCUGUUUAUUGCUGUAAUGCCAACCCUAAUACAAGCAGGUGAAAGCACCCACAAUAGUGCCCUAAUGGAAAUUUUUAGAAUAUGUAUGCUUUUUGGUCAGAUUCUUUUCUCCUUGGCUGCUGUUUUUGUUCUAUGUGUUAUAAUGAAGACUUAUCUUAUUGGACCAUAUUACAAAAAGCUGCAUGCUGAGUGCAAAGGAAAUAAAGAAAUCCUUGUUUUGGGAGUUUCAGCCUUCAUCUUUGUUAUGCUUACGAUCACAGAGUUGUUAGAUGUAUCAAUGGAGUUGGGCUGCUUUUUGGCUGGAGCUCUGAUGUCAUCUCAGGGACACCUAGUAACUGAAGAAGUCAUGUCUUGCAUUGAACCAAUAAGAGAUUAUCUGGCAAUUAUAUUCUUUGCAUCCAUUGGUCUACAUGUGUUUCCCACCUUUGUUCUAUAUGAGCUUACCGUGCUCCUCAUCCUCACUCUGUCAUUGGUUUUAAUGAAGUUUAUUAUUGCAGUUCUAGUUCUCUCCCUUAUUCUACCGAAAGGGAGUCAAUAUAUCAAAUGGAUUGUUUCUGCCGGCUUGGCCCAAGUCAGUGAAUUUUCUUUUGUUCUGGGCAGUCGAGCUCGACGGGCAGGCAUCAUUUCUCGUGAGGUGUAUCUCCUCAUUCUAAGUGUAACAACACUGAGCCUUUUAUUAGCUCCAGCCUUGUGGAAAGCAGCAACACUGAAAUGCGUUCCUCGACCAGAAAGGCGAUCAAGCACUUGAUGUCAGUACAUCACAUUUGAAUUAUUUGUUCACAAACAAUGGAUCAUUGGAAGUAAACACAGAGCACUCAUAUAGUUCAGUGUUGGACUACAGCUUAGUAUUUACCUUCAAAUGGACCCUACUUUUGGAAUAUUGGUUGGCCAGUUUUACUCUAAUAUGCAAAUGUCACAUGGCAAUGUGUACUAUUAACAACUAUCCAAUCAUUCUUCUGGCAACAUUGUUGCUGACAGUGCUUAAGCUAUCGUUUAGCUAUGUGUUAGCAUUUAAGAGCUGUCUUAAGAACAGGUAAGUGAAAUUAACAAUUUUGACUAGCAUUAGUGAAGUGAAAUUAAUCAACGCCCAAUAAGGCACAACUUUCUUCAGGUCUGCUUUGAGUGCACUAUGUCUGAGGAUAUUUGGGAAACCAUGUGCCCUGAUUAUUUUUUAGAACAGCCAAUAUUCUGGCUGUGUUAGAAGGAUAAUGUCUUAAGGUGGUUUUCUUUCUUUAAUUUAGUCUUAUGUCCAGUUGUAUUCAAAUACUUCUCAGAUUCUCAGCAAAUGCACAUGCUCUUGUUCACCUUCUCCUAUCAAACUGUGAACAGGUGUUUCCUCUG